AUGGACAAGCUAGACUACAGCCGACCGACCAACGUGUCCAAACCAAAGGUCCUCCUCGUCAACGACGAUGGCCCACCGGGCAAGAACUCCCCGCACGUCCUCGGCCUGUACGACGAGAUGCUCGCGGCAGGGUGGGACGUGACCGUCGUGCUGCCGUCUUCGCAAAAGUCGUGGGGCUCGAUGCAGUUCUCGCUCGCCGGCCCCGUCAGCUUCUGGUACUACUACCCGAUCAAGGGCAACGCCGACGGCUCGCACCCCGACACGCCCAAGUGCUGGAGCGCGACUCGGAGACCGAUCAACAGGGAGCGCGGCGAGUACGCAGAGUGGAUUCUCGUCGACGGUUCGCCAACGACGGCCUCGAACGCCGGUCUGUUCAACCAGGAUGCCUUCUUUGGCGACACUCCGGCAGAGAUGGCCGCCUCGCCAGCAUCCAACAAGACGCCGUUCGACCUCGUCGUAUCGGGCCCCAACUUUGGACGCAACACGGGCACGGCCUUUGCCCUCUCGUCGGGCACGCUCGGAGCGGCACAGGCGGCGUCGCUGAGCGGCGUGCGCUCCAUUGCCGUGUCGUACGGCCACUUCAUGACCAACCCGCCGACGCUCCAGGACCGGGGUGAGGCCAAGGGUCCCGGCCUGGGCCCCGAGCCUCUGGCUGCCAUCCGCGACGUGGCGCACAAGCUGACGGUGCGCAUCCUCCAGCGGCUGUGGGCCGACUGGGCGGGCGAAAAGGAGGUCGGGUGCUACAGCAUCAAUGUGCCCCUCGCCGAGACGCUGCGCGCGCCCGACGUCUUCUGGACGCGCAUCUGGGAGAACCGGUACGGUCCGCUGUUUGCCUCGUCGUCGAUUGGCUCGGCCGCCCAGGCCAAGGGCGGCGAGGGCGAAGGCGGCUCGGCGCCACCACCACCGGCGUACCUGCCCGCGUCGGCGCCGGUGCCGCAGCACUCGAUCCACUUUGCGCCGCAGAUGUCUUCGCUGCUGCGUCCGCGCUCCCUCGAGCCGGGCACCGACGUGUGGGCGGUGCAGAACGGCUACGUGAGCAUCACGCGCCUGCGCCCCAACUUUAUGCAGGUCGACAGCCGCGGCAACGGGCUGGACGUGGCGUCGCUCGAGAAGCGGGCGGCGGCGACGGGCGAGGAGUCAAAGGCGAGCACGGGCACCGAUGGAGACGUCAAGCUGCCCCGACCCGCGCCCGUCGAAGACGGGAUCGAGGUGGGCAAGCGCUGGCGGCUCUAG